AUGUUUCAGGUUUUUUGGUACUUCUUGUAUAGUUUUCCUUUUAUAAUACACUUGAAGUUUUUAUGGUAUACCAACAAAUUUUACGAAGAUGAACUUGAUUCUUCUGAAACAGACAGUGAAUAUGACUAUGGAUAUGGUGAACUACAGGAUUAUGACAAUAAUGAAGAUUUUAAUGAUGAUGAAUAUAACGAUGACGACGAUGAUAAUAUUGUCUACGACGGGCUACAAAACCAAAAGAACCAACUUGCUUAUAACAAUGAUUACAAUGAUAUUGAAAUCGACUACUACGCCGGAGAGUACUGGCAUGAUGAAAGUGAGGACGAAGAAUCUGAAGCAUUUAUAGACGACUUUACAGUGCUACGAGAAAGACUAGAUGAAGCGGCUUACUACGAAUUAAAUGACUUGAGCGAACAAGAAUUUAUUGAUGAACUAAGUUGUAAUUUAUUCAAUUUGUGCUGUUGUUUAUAUAUCGACCUUACAGCUAUUGCCUUUAUUGUAAUAUUCUCGCUACAAACAUAUGUAUCUUGA